UCUGCCCUGGGGACAGGACUUGGAUGGGUGCGCGGUGUCAAUGAUGCCUAUUGAGGAGGCCCGUCUCUCCACGUGAUUGGGGUCCCUGGGGACCCCGAGUUUUCCUCUCUGGGUCCCCGGCAUGCAAGGUCGGGCGUCGGGGAGUCCCGACCUCAGACGGAACCGGCUGAGCGCGGCCGCCUAGGGGGCGCCUAGGUGCCCGGGGAAUUGGCUUUUCCCCGCCCUGGGGAGUCCACAGGCCGAAGGUCGCAAAGGGCGAGGCUGCAGCCUUGGGAAGCGGAGCCAUGGCUGAGCUGCCGUGGACGAAGGCCGGAAAACCCAAACGCUGCUCACUUCAUUCAGUGAUCUUUCUCCUAAUCGUCAUGCUCGUCUUGGUCUUCUUUGGCACUGGUGUCCUAAACCCAAGAAUCCCGAUGCUGGGGACCAGGCAAGAAGGAACAGGUGAAGCUGCUGGGAGACCGACCAGCCUGCAAGUUGUGACAUUACCGAGGAUGGUUUAUCCCCAGCCCAUGGUGCUAACACCGUCUAGGAAAGACGUCCUUGUCCUGACCCCUUGGCUGGCCCCCAUCAUCUGGGAGGGGACCUUCAACAUUGACAUCCUGAAUGAGCAGUUCCGGCAGCAGAAUGUCACCAUUGGACUCACCGUGUUUGCCAUCAAAAAGUAAGUGGUGAAAUGACAGAGGUAGGGACCAGGAGGUACGAGUGACCAGGGACAUCUUGUGUCCAGUGCUGAGUGGGGUGGGGUCCUGCCCGCCCUCCCAAGGGGUGGAUGUGAAAGUGAGAGCCCAGAGUCACUGCAGGGGCUCGGCCUGACUCUCCAGAUGGUCUCCCAGUGCUGGCCUGUAUUGCAGCAUUGGGGGGAGGGUGUGUGUCCCCUACUUACCGAAGUGCUCGCCUUCCCAGUGAGGGAUUCACUAACCUGCCAGUUCAGGGCAGACACAGGCGAAGCCCCUCUGUGCUGUUCGAGAACUCAGAGCCUCUGAGGGCUCAACACACUUGCCUGAUGCUGGGGGAGCUGCUGUCCCCAUGAUGGGGAGCUCGUGGCCCUAGGGGACCUCAGGGAAGAACCAGCCAUCUGAGGCAGUUGGAAAAGACUUCCCCAGGCAGGGAGGACCUACGAGCCAGACCUAGAAGCUGACACCCCUGGACUCUAGGUCGGGGCCCAAGCAAGCCCCGUCUUCUGGUUUCCUCGGUUCCCCUUUACUCCUCACAUGCUGGACCUGGUUCAUGACGUGGGUAAGGGCGGAGUUCAGGGUGACCCCUCCGAGGACAACCAGCAGUUUACCGAGGACCUUGUCAGUCUGCCGCCCUGCAGCCUUCAAGGCAGGACACUUU